UUGACAAACAGAAGUUUGAGAACGAAAAAUUUUCAAACGAAUACAUUUUUUCACAAUUUAUUCUCACCUACUUUCCUGCCGCUGCAAAACGUCGAAAAUCAAUUAAAAUAAAUCAAUUAUUCUUGGCGCUUAAAAUUUUCCGAAAAUCAGUUAAAAAUAUUCCUUAGAAAAUUUGAACUCGCGCAAAAACGUUUGGAAAAAAAUUGCUGAAACCAAAUUUGAAAUAGAACAAAUAAUUUCACAAAAAAACUAAAGAUACAUCGAUGGUGGUGUGAACUUGGAAAAGCUGUAAACUUUUAAGUAGUUGUUGUACUAAAGUCUUAUCUUAGCGUCUUUUCUUCUGAAAAAUAACUAAGUGUGAUAAAUUUUUUUGAAAAUGUACCAUGGACUCACCCGAACCGCUUAAGACGCAUUAUGUGCGUUGUUUGAAAUGCGGCGAAAUUCUCGAAUGCUCACGCUACGACACCAACGCUCUGCUUGAACACAUUCGUACCAAUCACACUGAAGUUGAAAUUGUUGAAAACGGUAUGCCGCUUAACGGUCAUACUACAAUACGCGAGGCAGCUGGCAAAAUAGUCGCGCCGAAUGAUACGAACAACACGGACGUUAAGAAUGCCACAAUGUUUGAACGUGGCGACGCUGGCAAACGAAGUGAGGAUUAUAAAGAUUUUCAGCCACCUUCCACAUCCUCACGCGAACGCCUGCACAUACGCUCCCAUAAAGGUCUCUUUCAAAUCCCAGUCGAUGGCUCACAACGUGACUUGUCCAACUGUGAUCAAAGCAACGGCACCAGCGCUGUCUACACACGUCGCUACCAAGUGAAUAUACCCAGUCCACCGGCAUACGACGAGAAACCCAGCCGCAGCCUCUACCGCACCUCCAUCGAGAAGUGGCGUCCGGCCAACGGCACCAUUUACUGUCCAAAAUGUGGCGUCAAUCGUCGUCCACUCAUACGCACGCAAGCCGAACGCAGUUCGAAUAAUUCUUGUUGCGCCGCCUGCAUUCUUGGCUGUUGGCCCUUCUGCUUCCUGCCCUUCCUGUUGCCGAACGACAAUAAGGAGUAUCUGCAUUGUUCAAAUUGCAAGGCCUUCUUGGGUUUAUAUGAUCGCACCAAUAAUUGUGUCAGACCGAAUCGCGAGUAUUGCCAAACGGAUGAGACGGUAAUAAAAGAGACGGAUAUGCGUUUAGAGGAUGAUGAUGGCAAAGACAAACGGAAUUGUCGUUGCGCGUGAAGUGUGUAAUUUGUAUAUUUUUUGCGUACUUUUUGUGAGUAAUUCUUUUAUAGCACAUAACAUGUUCUUCGGCAUUUUAUAUAUAAAAAAUAACUUUAUGAGAGCUUUAAGCUUACGAACUUGCA